AUGUCUCGCUGGAAGAAGUUCGACGACGACGAUGUACCGGACGACUUUGUGUUGCCUCCUGGCGACGUGGUUCGGGGCCGCUUACUCUUCAAAAAACACUGCGCGCAGUGCCACGUUAUAGAGAAGGACCAGGCAGUCAAAACAGGCUGCACCCUGCUGGGUCCCAGUCUAUACGGGGUGUAUGGGCGUACAGCCGGGUCAGCCCCGCGCACUUCUCUCAUCGACUCCUCGCAAGCAAUCAAAGACUCAGGCAUCGUCUGGACUGACAUUACGCUGAUGCGCUAUCUUAAAAACCCUCGCCAGUUUACGCAGCACCCCCUCAGCAUGAACUUUAGGGGGCUUGACAACUGGCAGGACCGCGUGGACUUGAUAUGGUAUAUGAAGGGUUUAGAAUUGAGGGACCGCGUGGAUUUAAUAUGGUAUAUGAAGGCUGCAUGCGAGGACAAGACAGACGGCCUCAAGGAGGGUCUCUACUCUAUGCGCAGCAAGCAGCAGCAGCAGCAGCAGCAGCAGCAGCAGCAGCAGCAGCAGCAGCAGCAUCCAGCAGGCGGAGCAGCAACAGCAACAGGGGGCCCCAUGGGGGGCCCCACAGGCAACCCCUAUGGGGGGGGCCCCCCUGAGACAAGAUAG